GCGCUAGCUCCUUGGAGAUUCCCCCUCUUCCUUCCUGGGCUGUUUGAGGUAAACCUACACGGUCGCAUCAGUGUUGCUAACACCCGGCGGAGUGAAACUACAUGUACCGGGCGUUUGGCACUGAUGUUGGGGACAUGGAGCCGCCACGGGCAGAGCGGGGCUAGCGCCGGGGGAAGGUGACGUUAGCCACAAAACAACCCCCGGGAAGAACUUAACCGUCUCCAUGGCUGUGGAAAGUUAACGCGCAAGACGAAGAACUGGGGGAAAAGAAAAGCCGCCGAAUCGCUCCCCCUCGUCCGCCGACUCGAGCCACUCUCACUCUCCUGGCUCCAUGGCAGCAGCGGUGCGAGGCAGUGAGUGGUCGUGUGGACGCUGUACGUUCUUGAAUGCCGGCGCAGCACCUCGCUGUUCCAUUUGUGAGGCCCCACGCCAGAAGCCUGACCUUAACCAGAUCCUGCGGCUGAGCAGCACCGAGGAGCAACGCUGGGCCUGCCCCCGCUGUACCCUUAACAAUCCCCAGGGAUCUGGAGCCUGCUCCGUCUGUGGCUUUGGACCAUCCCUUGCCACUAACACACCCCCUACCACCACCAUAGCCGCUACCACCAAUGGCCUGCCGUCUGCUCCGACCGAACCUCCAACACCAAUUCUCCUUCCCACAGUCCUGCUUGAGCCCCAAGGGCAGCAACCAGCUAAGGAGGAAGUGCUACGACGGUCCGAGAGUAAUGGAGAGGUGGUCAACCUGGAGGUGCAGCACUCGGGCUGGGCUUGCCCUCGAUGCACACUCCACAACACUCCUGUGGCUCUGUCGUGCUCAGCCUGUGGUGGCCCCAGGAAACUGUCUUUGCCUAAAAUCCCGCCAGAGGCACUAGUGGUUCCUGAGGUGCGCACGCCUGUGCUGGGAUUUCCAGUUCACACAGCAGGGACUUCACCACUACUCAUCGACCUAACAGAUGAUUCUCCUCCACCCCCUCCCUGUGAUCCUCAAGAACCUGUGUCCUCACAGUCCAUCUCCUCCCCCUUUACUUCUUUCACUUCCCUCCAGAAUAACCCAGUUCCCCGAAGCAGGAGAGAGGUGCCCCCUCCAGGACGCCCACCGAACGCAGGCACCAACACCCCCAGUCCCACUUCCCCGUUAACGGCCACUGCGCCACCCCAACCAGGCCCACAGCGGCCAGCCAAGCCCAAACAUGCCCAACCCCAGGAACCCUCAUACCCCAACAAGCGCCUCAGUAUCUUGGAUGAAGAAGAUGCUCAGCACCACCCACUGACUCCACACCUCCCUGUUGCAUCCACAGCUGCCCCCACCUGGAAGUGCCCUAGUUGUUCUUUGCCCAAUCCAGGGAACUCAUCUAAAUGUGAGGCCUGCCGAUCAUCACGGGCAGGCGCUGACCUCAUUGACCUUGUUGGCUGCGAAACGGUACGAUUUACCCCAGCUAGCCCCUCCAGCCCAGACUUCAGCACCUGGGCCUGUUCCAAGUGCACCCUGCGCAAUCCUACAGGGGCACCUAAGUGCUCAGCCUGUGGUUCUUCCAAGCUGCAUGGCUUUCAGGAACAGCAGGUGCCCAUGACCCGCUGCUGUGCACACUGUGGCCUCCCAUCGGGGUCUGGUACAGCAUCUUGUUCUUGCACACCUUCAUCCUCUUCAGGUCAUAAGACACGGAAACUGGCCCGGGGCUACCCUUCCUCCUCCCCUGCUAUUGCUCCUUCCAAUUCCAUAUCCUCCUCCACCUUAUCGAGCCUUCAAGAGAAAAUAGGACAGUGGAGCUGCCCGGCAUGUACGCUGCUCAACGACAUCAAGGCCAAGAACUGUGCAGCGUGCCACACACCCCAGCAGUACCUCACCCUGCGCAAAGUGAUGAAGCCUCUGAAGAGGAGGGAGAGCAUGCAUGUCGAGGCCCGUCGACGAAAUGACGAAGGCGAGGCCAAGGAGCUUUUGGAGAACAUUGUCAGCUUUUGCAGAGAGAACACUGUGAACUUUGUGGAUGACAGUUUUCCCCCGGGACCUCGCUCCGUGGGCUUCCCUGAAGGCGACAGCGUCCAGCAGCGAAUCAAAAAGUGGCUGCGCCCUCACGAGAUCAACUGCAGCAACUUCAAAGACCGGAGCGUCAAAUGGUCCGUCUUCCGCACGCCGCGGCCCUCUGACAUCCUGCAAGGCUUGCUCGGAAACUGCUGGUUCCUGAGUGCGCUGGCGGUGCUGGCUGAGCGGCCAGAGCUGGUGGAGAGGGUAAUGAUCACCAGGACCAUCUGCCCAGAGGGGGCCUACCAGGUUCGGCUAUGUAAAGACGGGACGUGGACGACGGUGCUGGUGGAUGACAUGCUGCCCUGCGACGAUUAUGGCUACCUCCUCUUCUCCCAGGCCCAAAGGAAGCAGCUAUGGGUGGCGCUGAUCGAGAAGGCCCUGGCCAAGCUCCACGGCUCCUACUUUGCCCUGCAGGCAGGGCGCGCCAUAGAGGGCUUAGCCACGCUGACUGGAGCUCCGUGCGACUCGCUCAUGCUCCAGGUCAGCUCCACCAACCCCCGGGAGGAACCAAUCGACACAGACCUCAUCUGGGCCAAGAUGCUCAGCUCCAAAGAGGCCGGAUUUCUGAUGGGUGCAUCGUGUGGAGGAGGCAACAUGAAGGUAGACGAUGUUGUCUACGAGUCUCUGGGUCUGCGGCCUCGACAUGCCUAUUCCAUCUUGGACGUCCGAGAUGUCCAGGGUUACAGGCUGCUGCGGCUGCGGAACCCGUGGGGCCGCUUCUCGUGGAACGGCAGCUGGUCGGACGAGUGGACGGACUGGCCACAGCAUCUGCGUCACGAGCUGAUGGCCCAUGGCAGCAGUGAGGGGGUCUUCUGGAUGGAGUACUCCGACUUCAUAAAAUACUUUGACUCUGUGGACAUCUGUAAGAUCCACUCGGACUGGCAGGAGGUGAGGCUACAGGGAUGCUUCCCCAGCAAGGCCAGUGGCCCAGUGACUGUCACAUCCCUUACUGUACUGGAAAGGACAGCGCUGGAGUUCGCUCUCUUCCAGGAGGGAAGCAGGCGUUCAGACACAGCUGACAGCCACCUGCUGGACCUGUGCAUCAUGGUGUUUCGCGCCUCCUUCGGCAGCGGCAACAAUCUGACCCUGGGCCGCCUGUUGGCCCACAGCAAGCGAGCCGUGAAGAAGUUUGUCGGCUGUGAUGUGAUGCUGGAGCCGGGGGAGUACGCUGUCGUCUGCUGCGCCUUCAACCACUGGCAGAUGAAUGUCAGCGGGACGGGAGGUCCAGCCACACCCAUCUCCAGCCCAACCAGUGGAGCAGCAAGGCGGCCCAGCCAGGACUUCCCCGGCUACAUCCUCGCCAUUUACAGCUCCAGACAGGUGAUGGUGGAGCAGGUGGAGGCCAACGCCACCACGGUGGCCGACGCCAUCAUCCUCCUCACGGAAAACAAAGGGGAAAGACACGAGGGUCGUGAAGGCAUGACGUGCUACUACCUGACCCACGGCUGGGCGGGGCUCAUCGUGGUGGUGGAGAACCGCCACCCCAAAUACUACCUCCACGUCUCCUGUGACUGCACCGACAGCUUCAACGUGGUGUCCACGCGCGGCAGCCUCAAGACCAUCGACAGCGUCCCGCCCCUGCACAGGCAGGUGCUGGUGGUGCUGUCGCAGCUGGAAGGGAACGCCGGCUUCUCCAUCACACACCGCCUCGCUCACCGCAAGGCAGCCCAGGCCUCUCUGGGGGACUGGACCCCCACGAAGGCCACCCACAGCCCGCAGCUCACGCCAGACAUCGACGGCCUGCACCGGCCCAGGCCGCUAUGACCACCGCCCACUUUCCCCCUGUACAUACGCAGACUCCACAUCAAUGAACUGUCAAGACCACUGGAAAACCAGACUGGGGCGGGCGAGUGGCGUGUGCAGCCCUGAAACACAGAGACAGAUGUGUAUUUGUGUGUCAAUUUUUUUUGGAUGGACACACACAUGAAUGUAUAGCAUGAACGGGCAGCAUUUAUGUGCUCUCCCCCCCUCCCAAUGCUCCGUAAAUGCUGAAAUCUUCAUCCGGCCCUCACGCACUCUGUCCCUUGCCAAGUGGAUGUGCCAUGUCAGGAAUAAAUUAGGGAAGCGGGCCACGUGGUGUGACAGGGACGUACUCGCAGGACGAUUAUUUUACCAAGUCAUCGAAGAGAAUCCACUUUGAAUUCUGGAGGUAUUUUGUACAAGCGCUGUAUGUGGCACGGAUGUCAGCCCCGCUCAGAGAUGACCCAGCUUCACAAAAGCCCGGGGUGGGGCGCUGUAACUACUGAGCCGUAUGCCUGCAACGAUCGGACACCCCCCCCACACCCCCCACGUCCUGCACAGAGACAGUUAACAAAGUGGGAUACUUCAGUGGGAUUUAUCUCACCCUGUCCUUGAUGUGGUACUUAAUGAGCCAAACCCAACUUCGAGUGUUACUCUUGGUUACACUUUUUUUUGUUUUUUGUUUUUAAACAAUACACUCAGUCAGUAUCAGUCUUACUUCUUUAAUACAUGACUUUUGUUGCCGUUUUGUCCAUAUUUGUGUUUUUCGAGAUCGUAGAACAAGCCAUCAUUCAUAUCAGUACUGUGAGUCCACACUCUCCAUCACCGCAGUGCUGUCAAAGCGCUCUGUAGCUCAGGACCAAACUCACAACCUUUACAGCUGGCUGGAGUGCAGCAGAAACCUCAGGCUGGUUCACUGACAGGUGUGUGUGGUAGCUGGAAUCUCUUUAUCUCUGUUUGUUUGUGAAAAGGAAAUGCUCACUGGGAAGGAGGCGGUGUAGACGGAGGUGUUGUGCUUUAGGAAGUUUUGUCUUGUGGAAAUCUGACACACAAGCCGUUUUCAGACAUGAAUCCUGGACAUUUUCCGCCCCGGGGGGGUCCAGGCUUUCUCCAGAGUUUGACAUUUCACGUAUGAAGAAUGCAGCAGGAGAUUCUCCGGUAAAUACCAACAGAAAAUCUGGAGCGUUCAGGUACGGGGAGGGGGGGCAGGUGCAGCAUGUAGGAGACAUAAGAGACAUAUAAAUUCGGCUGUAGAGAGAGCUUCUGUUUACAGCACCGGUAUCACCAAAAGUUUUCAAAUCAUGUUGUCUUUCUAAGUUCUCCUCUAUGUGUAUGGCUCCUCUUUUUGUCUUCUGUUUUGCGCCUGUGGCUUGUCAGAAAUGUCUCGUGCCCUCUGAAUCCUCCGGAGAAUCUCCUGCACUAUUGUCACAUGGGUUCACUCAGACAUUAUCCAGAGUUUUUACUGGGAGGUUGACAGGAGAAAAACUUGGGAGAAUGUUUGCAGCAACUAAAUCAUAUGUGCAUGUCAGUAAACAGCUAUAAUGAAAUCCCCACCUUUGUGCUUUGAUAGACAGACAUACAAUUUUGGCUUUAAAUCGCUCCAGAGGAAAAAAAACUUGUCUUUACCCUCUUAAAGUAAUUUUCUCUCAACCACAGUUUGAGGUCUAAAUGCUGGAGGCGAGUCAGUUGAUCCGUAUUUGAACACACUUCCUACAGAGUGACUUCAUGCUGAAUCCUGCACUUCUGCAUUGUGACACCUCACGCCCCUUUUUGUCUGCUUCUCUCCGGUACAGAAGUUCAGGGAGCAUCCUGUUAGUACUUUGCGAGUACUGGAGAAGCAACUUGCUGUUUGAACAGUCAGUCCGCCACAGGGGAGCUUCUAAGGGUUUACUCUGGGAGGUCAGGGACCACUUCUUUGUUUGCUCGGGUGCAGCGCCAGCAUCUGGGCCGUCCUCCCCGCAAGAAUACACUGACAGCACAUUAGCGACAGCACGGAGUCCUCGUGUAAAAACAAAUCUCCAUUUUUUUUUGUCAGACUGCAUGCACAUGCAAUAAGAGAGACGAGGGGACCCCUGAGACGUGUUGUGACACAGAAAACGGUUUAGUUCUCUCUGAGUUUUUGCAUCUGUGUCGUUUCUCAGGAUGUGUUCCCCCCCGCAGCUGUUUCACGCCCGCUCCACCCAGUUGUUCGUUCCUAUUUAUCCGCCGUCAGAGCCGUUAGUCAUUAUCGCUGAGGAUCUUUCACUCGUCACCAUGGCAACGUAGAUGUAGAGGGAGGCCUAAUGCAGGUACUAUGACAAGUAGCAAGUUGAUGUCUUACUUUUAUCAUCGUGAAAUGAGAAGAAAAAAACGUGUUAAGAAAAUCCCUGGAGGACUAUGAUAGGACGAUGAUUGUUUUGGGAGAAGAAAUUAAUUUUUGUAUGUGGAUAAAGUUGUGAGUCUGAAAUGUUCCUCGGUGAGAUGAUUUUGGCUCGCGACUUUGAAAUGAGCAAACGAUGAGCAAUGAGCGUCUCGCGAGUCGUUCCUGUAGCUGCUGUUGUCUCCGCACGGCCUCGUCUUGUCCUCGCCGGUAGACUUCCCUUCACGACACCUUCAUUUGUACGAGAACUACUACAGCAGCGUGACGUCUCUUGAAAGAAACCUGAAGCUGAGGCGACUGUAAAUAAGUUUUUCCAAAGAUACAGGACGUGUAAUGACCACUUCCAGAUGUCCCCAGCAGCUGUGGAGCGUCUAAUUUAUUCGUAUAAGUGAUUUGCAGGCCUGUCGUCUAAUGAAUGCUGUUGAUGAUCACUGCGUCGAUGAAUGACAGAUAAAGGAAUGUGAUAAUUUAAGGCUCGAGGAGAACGUGCACUGAAACACCUGCAAAGACGAGGCACCUCAUAAUUCAGUGCCGCUGCUGAAUCACUUUACAUUGACAUUGAGAUUGAUUUUUUGUUUUAUACUUUUUUUGUUUUUUUUGUCAUCAUUGUCACUGUUGCUCUUGCUUGUGUCUUUUGAACUCAUUCGCCCGCUGGUUAAAUUUGUGGUGGGCACUCUUCUGUGCUUCAGCGGCGCCCCCUGCUGCUGAAGAGGCUACGGCCAGCUGGGAAAAAGGUUCUAGUGGCCGACACGACGCCUUUUCUCUCUCUCACUCUCUUCUCCCAUGUCUGGUUUCCUCCUUGUAAAUUGUACAGACUGCAAAUAUAAGCCACAAAAAAAAAUAUUUGAAAAAGAGCAACUGACCCUUUUAAACUUGUAAAAUAAAAGACAAAAGUAUAAUAGUAGAAAUUAAAAACAAUACAACCUAAUGCUGAAAAAUUGGAUCUCUGAUGAAUUUGAGAUAUAUUUUAACGAUCUUUUCUGUGGGAUGGAUAUGUGUAUAUGUGUACAAAAUUUGUGUAUGUUUAAUUUUCAAUCUCAGGUUCCGAUGGACCAAAUAAACUUUUUUAAAUUAAA